AUGGUGUUGGUGUUGCUCACCGUCACCGUAGUCUGCUCAGUGUGCAUCGCAGAGCUACCCGUGCCCGUAAAUGCACUGCUCCUGCUCCUAGCUCGACCACUUCGUCUAGCUCGUCUUCUGCCGAUCCUGCGCCCACCGUCCAAGCCGCCUCUGCCCCUCCCCCAGGAGAGGUGUCUGGGUGCCCAGACGCCGGAACGCUCGCGAACGAUUUUGGCCGGAUGCGCUCGGAAUUUGGAGCGCGCUACGUUCGCAUGUAUGGCUCGUGCGAUUAUGAUGAUGGAUUCUUUGACCGCUUUGUAUCCACGGCCUACCAACAAGGUCUCGGUGUCUAUUCCACCAUCUGGAUGGAGUGAGUUGGCCUUGUUGGACGCUGGAUCCAUGGCUAACGAGAUCAACUACAUCAAGAGCGUCGUGGGUCGCUUUGGCAUCAAAGUGUCCACCUCCGAAAUCGUCUAUGCUUAUAGCCAAAUCGACAAUGCCCAAACCGUCCUCGACGCCGAAGAAGUCAUCCACGCCCACCCCCUUCCCUACUUUGACCCUAAUGUCACGUAUGGAUCUGGUGCGAGAAACUCGGUGUUUGAUCCUGUCGACUGGGUCGUCCAGCACACCGGUGGCAGCAAAAAGAUCAUCUUCACCCAGACUGGCUCAUCCGCUACCGUCGCAUCUGCCGACUCGGCCCAAGC